UGACUAUAACUUAUGGUCACACAUAAAAUGCUCCUAUUGUCAACUGUUUCGACUAAAAAUGGGCAUCUUUCGCAGGAAGUCUGACCCUUCUUAAGCGCAUUAUUAACCGUUAAACUAUUACACUAAUACGGUAAAUUAAUACGUUUCCAGCCCGAAGGGAAACUAAUAGCAGCAGAUUGUCAUUUUUAAUUAAUACGGUUAUCGGUGUUGCAUUUCAAGCAUGAUGGCUGACGAAACCCUACAAGACUUUAGAAAGGUGCGUGCCAGUCUGGCAAAGAGAGUCGCACGAAGGGUUCGAACCCCAUUUUCCGCUCGAUAUGGCGAACCUGGACAGGAGAUGCUAUUGGGUACAAAAAUUAUGCUACGGAAUGGGUCACGUUUAUAAUGAUCUUUGUGCGGCUAUGUGGUUUUCUUAUACUCUAUUUUAUCUGCAAAUUGUUUUACAAAUGGAGUCGAAAACUGCCGGUAUUCUCAUAAUGACAGGACAAGUCGUAGACGCGCUGGCUACUCCCGUAGUCGGCUAUGCCGUAGACCGCACCGGUGCCCGCAGGGCGUGGCAUUUAGCAGGAACAUUAGCGGUGUCUGUUGGAUUUUCUUUGAUUUAUUGUUUAAAACCGACUGCGCUUAACACAUGGGUGCUUAUCGACUACGGUUUUGUCAUAAGCCUCUUCCAAAUAGGCUGGGCCAUAACCCAAAUAUCGCAUUUGUCCAUUAUUCCGGAAAUAGCGACCACUCACAGAUACACUUCUGAUUUGACGGCAAUUAGAUACACAGCGACUGUUUGUUGCAGUAUUUCCGUGUAUUUAAUCACUCUCAUAGUUUUAAAAAACGAUAAUGACCCGAAUAAAAUCGGUCCUGACGAUUUUUACAAGUUCAAGGAAAUAGCUUUGAUUAUAAGCUUAAUAGGAAUUUUCGCUUCGCUCAUAUUUUACUGUGGGGCACUUACGAAAGAGGAGAGUCGAAGCGACUAUGAUAUAAUCCCGGAAAGUGAAUCAGAUUCCAGUGGUUUGGUCACAAAUGAAGAAGUCACGCAUUUUUUGAAAUCAUCAAUUAUUUACAAGGUUUCGUUAAUGUAUAUGGCUUCAAGGCUAUUCACGACGUUAACACUUAUUUAUAUUCCAUUGUAUCUGGAUGAAAAAGGAGCGAGAUCGGAGGACACGGGGGAUGGGAUUAGGCAAACAAUAGCCAGUGUUCCACUAGUCUGCUUCGUGGCUUCAUUUAUGACUUCUAUCGCGCUCAAAUUCAGGCUUAGGCGGUGCAGCGAUAAGGUAGUUUAUUUGGUCGGGAUUAUAUUGGCCCUAAUUGGAAGCGUUUGGAUAAAAUUAGGGUUUUUGUUUCGAUCGGAUAGUCAAUUAUAUGUAAUUGCCUCACUAAUAGGUGUAAGUGGUUCUGCAACUAUGGUAUCCAGUUUAUGUUUAACUGCAGAAUUCGUUAAAGUCAAUGGUUAUGGCGGGGCUUCUGUCUAUAGCACAGUAACAUUUACGGAUAAAUUAAUAUCAGGCGGUGUCGUUCUUCUCGUGCAGAACCUCCAAUGUACGCCGAAGGAAAUGUGCCCACACUUCUACGAAGAUGUGCUCUCUUACGUCUGCGGCAUUGUAUCAUUAAUAGGUUUAGGCUCAUUAGCGACACUUCACUGCCGAUUAAAUUAAACACUUUUUACGACUCAUGUAUUUAUUAAAGAAAAAUUACAUAACUUC